AUGGCAGCUGGGGAUAUCAAAUUGGAUGAAAAACACUUCGUCAAUCUUGACCCAAGUCGGCUGGAAGCAGGACUAAUCGACAGUGACGAUAUUUCCAACCAACGGGCAACCGACAAUCACAUUCCGAGUGGCACUGAUUUUCGGGAAACAUCUGCCACGGGAGAUACUGGAGGCGAACCUGGCAGGUAUCCAUCCUCAGAGCCUUCAUCGGAGAACAAUGUCGCAGACGAAGCAGCCCACAAGCAACGACGCAAGUCCUCUUGGUCGACGGUCCUCAAUUGGGUAAAGCGGAAGGAGACAAGUCCUCAACAUUUCAGAACCUCCAAUCUCAGACCUUCGACGUCUCUCUAUACCAAGUUCGAGGAGGGUUCGUCGGCUAGCCACGAAAAACCGCCCAAAGCCGAUCAUGUACAGGACCACCCACAAGAGGGCAGCGAGGAUGGAGAAGCUCUUUCGCGAGCGUACACCCAGGCUGCGGCGCAAACAGUGCAUACCUUCCUAGGUCAGAAUUCCUCAACGUACCAGAGGGAGGCAAAGCUCGAUCACGAAGACAGCUCGGUAGAUCAACACAUAUAUGAUGUUGACUAUGUCCCGGCACCUGAGCAAUACAAGCCCGGUCUUUUCGGGACACUCCUUGCUUACAAACUGCACCAUCUAGAGCAGGACUGGUCUCACGACCAGAAGCAACCACAGAGCCGCCCAGGUGGACAGACCAAGCAUGACCUCAAAGGUCACCAUCACUCUCGGUCGCUCGGGGCGUCACUCCCCAAUUCUGGCACGGCGACACCCUCCAGGAAGGUCAAAUGGUACGAGAAGCCGGAACAGACUAACCCCACCGCCGCGGCAUUGAUGCAAGCAGCCCUCUCAUCCACCGGUCCCAGCGUGGCGGGAAUGGGCGCCAUCCCACGUCCUCGCCCCGUCCGCCCCAGAUCUGCCGACAUGAUCUCCACGGCCGUCGACAUCAUCACGCACGGCAAACGUCACCCCAACCGACAGAGUGGCGGGUACAGCCCCAGCACGCUGGAAAACCACGUCGGACUCAUCACCGAGGUCGCCGACAUCAUCGCCCGGCGGGACUAUCUGAUCAAACUGUGCGGCGCCUUUAUGGAAUAUGGCGCCCCGACCCACCGCAUGGAAGAAUACCUCAGCGCCUCUGCCCGCGCGUUGCUCAUCGACGCUGACUUCCUGCACAUCCCCGGUGCCAUGAUCUGCACGUUUGCCGACCGCAGCAUCCACGCCAACAACGUCGACAUCGUGCGGAAACGGGCGGGCCUGGAUUUUGCCCGCCUGGAGGACGUGUUCAACGUGUACAAGUGUGUGAUUCACGACAAGCUCACCGCCGAGGACGGCAUCCGCGAGAUCGACAGCAUUCGCCGACGCCCCGACAACUACUCGGAGCUCUUCCGCAUCGUGAUGUUCGGCGUGGCGUCCGUGGUGGUCGGCCCGUUCUCGUUCCAGACGCGGCCCAUCGACUUUGGGCCGAUCCUCCUGCUUGGCUGCGCCAUCGGGUUCAUGCAGGUCAAGAUCGUGCCGCGGUCGGAGCACUUCAGCAACGUGUUCGAGGUGUUCGCGUGCGUGUUCGCGGCCUUCAUUGCGCGGGCGCUGGGGUCGAUCCGAUACGCCGACGGCCAGUACAUCUUCUGCUUCUCGGGCAUGGCGCAGAGCAGCAUCGCCAUGAUCCUGCCGGGGUUUAUGAUGCUGAACUCGGCGCUGGAGCUGCAGAGCCGGAACCUGAUCUCGGGCUCCGUGCGCAUGGUCUACGUGAUUGUCUACGUGCUAUUCCUCGCCUUCGGUUUGCUCAUUGGCACCACGAUCUUCGGCCUGAUCAAACGCGACGCCGUGUCGUCGACCACCUGCGCCAUCCCGCCCUGGUUCGCGGCGGACAUGAACUGGAAGCUGAUCCACACGCGGUUCGUGUGGGCGCCGCUGUUCGCGUGCUGCGUCGGCCUGAUCUACCAGGCUCGCUGGCGCCAGCUGCCCGUCAUGGCGCUGAUCGCGGUGUGCGGUCACCAGGCCAACUUCUGGAUUUCGACCCAGCUGUCGAGCAACCCGCAGGUGGCCAACGCCAUCGGCGCAUUUGUGAUCGGAUGUAUUUCCAAUCUGUACUCGCGGCUCUUCCACGGCCUGGCCGCCACCGCCAUGCUGCCCGCCAUCUACUGCCAGGUGCCCGGGGGUUUGGCGUCGUCGGGAUCGCUGGUGGCGGGAGUCGUCUCUGCCAACCAGAUCUCGGGGAACAGCACGGCGGCUGCACAGAAUGCGUCGAGUACUGCCGCCGACGGGACCAUCUUCACUGUCGGCUACAGCAUGGUCCAAGUCGCCAUUGGGAUCAGCGUAGGGCUGUACUUGAGCGCGUUGGUCGUGUAUCCAUACGGGAAGAGGAAGAGUGCAUUGGGGAGCUUUUGA